AUGAACGGCCACGCACACACUAACGGUAACGGGGUGCAUCCGGUCUACACCGUCAUCGAUCAGCCCCUGGGCACCCCGAAACCCAUCCGCAUCGUUUGUGUCGGCGCUGGUGUCAGCGGCAUCAACCUUCUUCGUACUCUCCGACUCAACCUUACCGACUAUGACGCCCAGAUAUACGAGAAGAACGAGCAAGUGGGCGGUACCUGGCUCGAGAACCGCUACCCUGGCUGUCGAUGUGACAUCCCCAGUCACUGCUACCAGUACUCGUGGCGGCCGAACAAGGAGUGGAGCAAUUUCUUCGCCCCAGCCAGGGAAAUCAAUGACUACCUGUGCCAGGUAUGCAAGGAAGAAAGCAUGAUGCCCUUGAUCAAAUUACAACACCAAGUCACCGCUGCGUUGUGGGAUGAGGCCACGAGUGUUUGGCGUUUGAAGGUCCAAGACCUUCAGACGGGAGUCGAGUUCGAUGAUGAGGCAAACUUCCUGAUCAAUGCGUCAGGGAUACUGAACAACUGGAAGUGGCCCGACGUUGAGGGACUCCACGACUUCAAAGGAGACUUGGUACACACUGCCUCAUGGCCAGAAGGGUAUGACCUUACCAACAAGAAUGUCGCGCUGAUAGGUAAUGGUGCAUCCGGAAUCCAAUUGCUACCAGCAAUCGAGCCAGAUGUCAAGAAGCUGUACCACAUCGUCCGUACGCCAACCUGGAUUCCACCACCAUGGCGACAGGGGCAAGCGAUGAUGGGAGGUGGCCAGAUCCUGAAGGAGAUAAGCCUCGACGAGAAAGAGAACUUCACUCCCGAGCAGAUCCGGAAAUUCGAGGAUGAUCCAAAGUUCUACAGGCGCUUCGUGAAAAGUAUCGAGAAAGAUACCAGCGGAAACUUCAGACUGAUGGUCAGAGAUGGCCCCAUACAAGCAUUCGCUAGCGCCAAAAUCAGAGAGUAUAUGACCAUGAUGCUUGGGGGCGACGAGAAGCUGUGCCAGGCGCUGAUACCCAACUUUCCCCUCGGCACGAGAAGAAUGACACCUGCACCCGGAUACCUAGAGGCACUCCGAAAAGACAACGUGGAGGUCGUGAAGGGCGACAUCAGGAGAUUCGUGGCCGACGGCAUCGAGAUGGCCUCCGGAGAAGUCCUGAAGGUCGACGCAAUAAUCUGCGCCACCGGCUUCGACAUCUCCUUCCGGCCGCGGUUCCCCUUGGUCGGCCGUGAGGGCAACCUCCAGGACAGAUGGAGCGAGGACACGCCCACGGCCUACAUGUCGUGCGCCGUGGCUGGGAUGCCAAAUUACUUCACAUUCCUCGGCCCGAACGCCCCCAUCGGCCACGGCUCCGUCUUCACACUGAGCGAGCACAUCGCCAAGUAUAUCGUGCGCGUCCUGAAGAAGUGCCAAACGGAACGCAUCCGUGCCAUAGCGCCGACCCAGGACGCCGUGGACGACUUCAACGAGCACAUCAAACACUUCAUGCCGCGCACGGCGUGGGGUGCCCCUGGGAGGUCGUGGUUCAAGGCGGGCAAGGAGGACGGUCCAGUCGUCGCGUUGCACCCGGGUAGCCGGGUGCACUUCUUUCACAUGCUGGAGACCCUCCGAGGCGAGGACUUCGAGUACGUAUACGACUGCGAGGCUGGCAGCGGGAAGGGGAAGCAGAACCGCUUCGCGUACCUGGGGAACGGAUUCUCGGUGCGAGAGCUGGAUCAGGCGUUUGACUCCACUUGGUAUCUGGACGAGUCGGCAGUCAUUUAA